AUGUUAAUUAAAGAAUACCGAGUUACUCUGCCACUCACUGUAGAAGAGUAUCAAGUGGCACAACUCUUCAGUGUAGCAGAGGCUUUAAAAGACAAUACAGGAGGAGGAGAGGGUAUUGAGGUGCUAAAAAAUGAACCGUUCACCAACUACCCGUUGUUAGGGAGAAAGUACAACUCGGGCCAAAUUCGGAAAACUUUGGCAGUUCGUACGCCCACCGGCGAUGAUUUUCAUUGCAAUAAGUACGUAGAAGACGAGACAAUUCUCUUAUAUACCUCUCGACAGGAUUGGCCUGAUGAUGGCGAAUGGAACAAAACACCGCAGUUACCCCUAAGGGUCGAAGAGUAUCCUUUCAAGAUUUGGCGGUUAAUUGAUGAUCAGUACCAUGAUCAGUCAAAAUUCGUUGAUGCUUAG